AAAUUAGAGAAGCUCACCACACAGAAAGUAAUUCCAAGUUUCCAGCAUCUUCGAGCCUCAUCCAUGGCGUCUCUUCUUGCCAACGGCGUCUCAAGCUUCUCUCCGCAACCUAGUUGCGAAUUGAAACUUCUGAAAGGGCUCUAUCCGAAGCUGGAAGGUCCUAAAUUUCCGAUUUCAAAGGUCAAAGUCCAAAGCCGAGCGCUUCUGAAGGUUCGAGCUGAUGUUGGUUACGAUCUCAGUUCCGCUCCGGAUAAGUCCUCUUCUCCAACCGUUAGCUCUGAUGAGAAGAUUCGGGAAAUUCUCCGCAAUCGCGACUACGAUAAGAAGUUCGGUUUUACUUUUGAUAUCGAUUCGUUUUCGAUUCCGAAAGGGCUCUCGCAAGAGACCAUCCGAUUGAUUUCCACCUUAAAAGAGGAACCCGACUGGAUGCUCGAGUUUAGGUUGAAUGCUUUCGAGAAAUUCUUGAAAAUGAGAGAGCCUAGGUGGUCGGAUAACAGAUACCCACCCGUUGACUUCCAAGACAUGUGCUAUUAUUCUGCGCCCAAGAAGAAACCCACUUUGACAAGCCUUGACGAAGCCGACCCAGAACUUCUCAAGUACUUUGAGAAACUGGGCGUCCCCUUGAAUGAGCAGAACCGGUUGGCUAAUGUUGCUGUCGAUGCUGUUCUAGACAGCGUAUCGAUCGCAACUACACAUAGGAAGACACUGGAGAAGGCCGGCGUUAUCUUUUGUUCAAUAUCUGAGGCUAUUAGGGAGUAUCCAGAUUUGGUGAGGAAGUAUUUAGGAAGAGUUGUUCCUAGCGAAGAUAAUUACUAUGCAGCUCUGAAUUCAGCAGUGUUUAGUGAUGGGUCAUUUUGUUAUAUACCCAAAGACACCAAGUGUCCUAUGCAGAUUUCAACGUAUUUCCGAAUCAAUGCGUUGGAAACGGGGCAGUUUGAGAGGACUUUGAUAGUUGCGGAUGAUAGGAGUUUUGUGGAGUAUUUGGAGGGUUGUACCGCGCCUUCUUACGAUAGGAACCAGCUUCAUGCUGCUGUUGUAGAGUUGUAUUGUGCUGAAGAUGCAGAAAUUAAAUACUCCACUGUGCAAAAUUGGUAUGCUGGGGAUGAGGAAGGGAAGGGGGGAAUAUACAAUUUCGUCACAAAACGAGGCCUUUGUGCUGGGGCUCGCUCUAAGAUAUCCUGGACACAAGUCGAAACAGGAUCGGCAAUUACUUGGAAAUAUCCUAGUGUUGUUUUGGAGGGAGAUGACACUGUCGGUGAAUUUUAUUCGGUUGCUUUGACAAAUAAUCAUCAACAAGCAGAUACAGGGACGAAGAUGAUACACAAAGGGAAGAAUACAAAGAGUAGGAUUAUUUCUAAGGGUAUAUCAGUUGGCAAUUCAAGGAACUGUUACAGAGGGCUUGUUCAGGUUCAAUCAAAAGCAGAGAAUGCUCGAAAUUCCUCCCAAUGUGACUCAAUGCUCAUCGGUGAUCAGGCAGCGGCCAAUACCUAUCCUUACAUACAGGUUAAAAACCCCACCGCUAGGAUUGAACAUGAAGCUAGUACCUCCAAAAUCGGUGAAGAUCAAUUAUUUUACUUUCAACAGAGAGGAAUAGACUACGAGAAAGCCAUGGCUGCUAUGAUAUCUGGGUUUUGCCGUGACGUAUUUAAUGAGCUUCCUGAUGAAUUUGGUUCUGAGGUGAACCAGCUAAUGAGCUUGAAACUUGAGGGGUCAGUAGGUUAAACAACUUGAGAGGGUCAAAACCGCAAGUUCCCGAAAGGAAACUUGUUCGGGCCAGCGUUCGAAUUUUGAUUGUAGUAAUUAUAUUGCAGACGAAAAAGUAGUGUACAAGGAGGGAAUUAUAGACUAUGUGAAUAGAUGGUCUCAGAUUGUGUGGCAUGGGAAUCAUGGCUGAGUUUUGAAGUCUCAAUAAUAUAUGUUCAUCGCGAAAACAAGUUUCAGUCUUGUGUUGUGUGGCAUGGCCUAUCAUUAAAUACCGUUACUUAUGUAGAUUCAUUUAUAUUUUAGGCUAAUUUGUAUAUCA